UGCCCACCCCUUGUACAUCAUGCUGUUUCGUGCGUACCUGUGCGCCCUGGGAGCGAGCUUUCUCCUGGGUAUAGGAAGCUGCUGUGAUCAUUCUGAGUCUAUCUGUGGUGCCCAAGCACCUGGGGACAUCCUAAUAGGGGUGCUCAACCCAUGCCACACCAAAGUAGAGACAUUGCAAAAUCGGACACGGCCAGGGAGUUUCAACUGCACAAGUUUUGAUUUGCUAUCAUUUACACGGGCACUGGCAGUCAUCCACACCAUUGACACAAUCAACCAUUCCGGAUUCAUACCAGGAGUGCGCCUUGGGUACGUCAUCUGUGACACUUGCUCCUACGCCACCAAAGCCCUCCAGAACACUGAGUACCUGCUGUCCAUCAAUGGCACCCUGUCACCCCAGUGCAACCACAUGGACCGCUUGCCGGUCAAGGCCAUCAUUGGAGAACGCUUUUCAGAGGUGUCCAUCACUGUGGCCAGGCUCCUAGGACUCUACAUGGUCCCCCAGAUUAGCACUACAUCCUCUGCACCCAUUCUGAGCGACAAGGUGCGCUUCCCAUCCUUCCUCCGCACCAUCCCUAGUGACACACACCAGACACGGGCCCUUGCCAGGCUCAUGUCUCACUUCAGUUGGGAAUGGGUUGGUGUGGUGUACGGGGAUGACGAUUACGGGAAGGAAGCCAUGCAGAAGUUCCUGCGUCAUGCCGAGGAGGAGCAGGUGUGCGUGGCCUACCAGGAGGUGCUGCCGCACUACCUUGAUCACGUUGACAGUGAGCGCAGGAUCAAGGAGGUGGCGAGACAGAUCCGCUCCUCCAAGGCCGAGGUGGUGCUGCUCAUCCUGAAGGAGCAGCUGGUGAAGAAGCUUUUUGAGGACAUGUUGCGUGCCAACGUCUCCAAGAUCUGGAUCGCCAGCGAUGCCUGGUCCAUGGCACGACCCCUGGCCAGUAUGGAGGGCAUCAAUGGAGUGGGGGACAUCUUUGGCUUCAGCUUCAUCACUGGACCGAACCCAGGGUUUGAGCAAUUCCUGCAGAAGUUGGAGCCUGGCCCAGGUGCAACGAACCACUUCAUAGAGGAGUACAAGGAGCUGAGGUUCGGCUGCACCCCUGAGCUGCUCCAGCACAAAGCCUGCAUCGCUGCACACUCACAAGACCACUGUCCACUUAGUGAAUCACUCCAGUUUAAAUCUGAACUGGCCUGUAGCCUGCCUGACCCCCAGAAAGCUGAUGAUGACUUUUUGAUAAAUGUUGUUGACCUCACCUUAACUUACAAUGACAGAGUAGCCACAUGGGCUAUAGCUCAUGCCAUUAGGGAACUCCUGAAGUGUAAUGACACUUUCUGCUCAGGAGAGACAACAUUUCCUCCCUGGAAGCUUCUGCAAGAACUCAAAAAGAUCAAUUUCACUGUAGACAACCACCAGUUUUACUUUAAUGAAGACGGAGACUUUGUGAAUGGCUAUGAUUUGAUCAACUGGGUUAAAGCUGGCAACGAAAGACGUUUCGAAGUGGUUGGAGGUUAUAAUUUGGUCGAAAAGGAAAUAAAGAUCAGAAAGACAGUCAUCAACUGGGGAACUCCUAACAACACCGUCCCCGAAUCCAUUUGCUCCAAACCAUGUCCCCCUGGUACAGUGAAGAAAGUGUCAAACAUCUCCUGCUGCUACAACUGUACACAGUGUGAAGAGGGGACCUAUUCAGAUGCCCACAACUUAGACAACUGCCUACCAUGCCCCAAUGGGACAUGGUCAAGAAAAGGGGCAACCCAGUGCCAACCAAGAACAGAGGAAUUCUUUAGGUGGGGUGAUCCUUACGCCGUUUUCCUGCUGACUGCGGCGGGGCUGGGGGUGCUGCUGCUUCUUGUGGUUCUCAUCAUCUUUGCUGUGGGCCGGAACAGCCCUGUUGUAAAGGUGGCAGGUGGGAAUCUCUGUUAUGUCAUGCAAGCUGGGCUGGCUGUCAGCUUUGGUAGCAUUGUACUUUUCAUGGGCAAGCCCAACGACCACAUCUGCCGGGCCCGUCAGACUAUGUAUGGUCUGGGGUUCACCCUCUGCAUCUCCUGCAUACUUGUCAAGGCCUUCCGCACCUUUCUCGCCUUCCUCUUUGACUUGAACAGGCAGCACAAGCUGAAAAAGCUGUACAAACCCCCUGCUAUAAUUGUAGUUACCACCGCCCUACAAGGGAUCAUCUGUCUCUUCUGGCUCAUCUUUGCCUCCCCAUAUAUGGAGAAGAUCCUUGUCAACCAAAACAUGACUAUCCUUCUUCGGUGCAACGAGGGUUCCAAUGCCGGUUUCGGAGCCAUGCUCGCCUACAUCUCCCUGGUAGCCUUCGUUUGCUUUGUGCUGGCUCUCAAAGGCAGGAAAGUCCCGCAACGGUUCAACGAGACUGGCUACAUUAUCUUCAGCGUCCUCAUCUACCUGUUUGUCUGGGUGUGCUUCAUCCCCAUCUACAUCACCAAGAAUGAACAGAGUUCGGCAAUACAAGCCUCGGCCAUCCUGGUGUCCAACUAUGGUAUCAUCUUCUGUCACUUUCUGCCUAAGUGCUACAUGAUCCUCUGCAAGAAGAAGGUUGACAUCUCUUCCAAAGCAUACCUGGACAGAGUGCGAAUCUUCUCCAUCACUUCCACACACUCUGCGUUUGCUGACUCCUCUUCUGUCGACUCUGGGGCUGGCUCCAUGGUGUCAGUAACCACCCCCGGGCCCUUAUACCCAGAAGAGAGUGGCACUUCCACAAACUCAGUGGCCACAGCUUGGAUCACAGAGGAGCCACAGGCUAAAGAUCUUUCUCCUCAUCUCAGGAAGAGGCAAAGGAGAUGCUCCAUUUGA